CUACCCUCCCCGCAGAUUUGGCUGGACGACAGCGCCUCCGAAGCGCUGCAUUUGAACGCGUCAAGGGGGCUGCCCGGUAACGUGAGAAGGACCGCGGGGCUGCCACAAAACAAAAGUCAUGGGGGCCGGCGCGAGUGCCUUGCAAAGCUCGUUCGGAGAGCAAGGCAAGACCAUCGAGGACGCCUGGCCGCGCGUCCCGCUGGCGCAGCGCACCCGGGCCCACGCCGAGGCCGCAUCCAUCCUCGACGCCGCCGUGGAAGUGUCCUAUGACGUGACCGUCACGCUCUACGGCGCGAACGAUUUGCCUAAGACGGACGGGAGCCGCGGCAUCAGCGACCCCUACGUCAUUUUGAGAGUUGAUGACGACGAACAGCAGACGGACUACGUGAAAAACGACCUGGACCCGAACUUUGGGGAGCAGCGCUUCACCUUCUCAAAUACAAGAGCGUCGUCCUUGCAAGUGAGAGUGAUGGACAAGGACUGGACGAAUUCUGAUGAUCCGCUGGGCGACACGACAGUGCCCUUGAUAGGCCUAGGCGGGUCGACGCCGCUGACCCUAGAUCUGUCGACCGUGCGCGCGCUGCCGCCCGGCUCGGUCACGCUCGCCUGGUCGCGCACUGUUAGUGCGGAGUCGUCCAUCGACGCGCCGCCCGCUAUAGAUGCGGACGCCUCUGCCGUGGUAGAGUGGGUCGCCUCCUCACUGAACGCUAUCCCGGAGGACAAGCGCGCCGAGGUCGUCCAGCAAGUGGCCGACGCCUACGCUUCUAGGGCGGUCCAGAGCGAGACGAGCUCUGAAGGUACAGUCGAGCUCAGUGUAACGGUCGUGAGCGCCGCGAAUUUAGCGAAUGACAGGAAGGAGCGGAGCCAGUCCGACCCCUACUGCCAGGUCACGCUUGUGGUCGACGGCGAAGAUGUGGAAAGUGUCAAAACGUCCCACGUCUGGAACGACCUCUCGCCGGAGUGGAACGAGACCUUUUCGUUUGAUAUCGACGCGGCGAAGGUGCCCACUUCCUCACUCCGAGUCGAGAUGACGGAUUAUGAUUCUCGAGGCAGCCACGAGGCCCUGGGGAGCGUGGACGCGUCGAUCGCGCCGCGGCCGGGGGCGUUUUUGUUUGAAGGGUCGGGUGGACGGCGGACGUUCUCAUUAACAACGGCGGCCGAGGGCUUCGACGAGCCGCAGGGCUCCGUGACGCUGGCGUGGGUUUUUACGGGAGACGCCGUGGACGACGCCCGUAGGAUUCGAGACGAAGCGCAGGCCAAGCGCCUGGCUGAGGACGAUGCGGAAAAAGCCGAGGCCGAGCGCGUCGCCGCGGAGGAGCGCGCGGCGGCCCUCGCGGCGGCGGAAGAGGAACAACGGCUACGGGAAGAAGAAGCGGCACUUGCAGCGGCCGAGGCCGAGGCCAAGGCCCAGGCCGAGGCCGCGGAACGGGCCGCCGCGCGGAAAGCCGAGGCCGAGGCGACGGCGGCGCGCGAGGCGGCGGCGGCCGAGGCGACGAGAUUGAGAGAGGCCGAGGAGUUACUGAAACGACAGAAGGCCGAGGAGGCGGCCAAACGCGCCCAGGAGGCCGAGCGCCAAGCUAGGGAAGAGGCGGCCGAGAAAUUGAGAUUGGAGGCCGUCGCGAAGGCCAAGGCCGAGGCCGAAGCCCUCGAGGUGAAACGAAGGGAGGACGCCGAGCGCAAGGCCGAAGAAGCGAAACGCAAGGAGGAACAACUCGCCCUCGAACGGGCCGCGCAGGCGGCCAAGGAGCGCGAGGAAGCCUUGCGUAAAGAGAAGGAGGCCGCCGAGCAGCGAGCCAAAGAGGCAGAGGAGAGGCGCUUACAAGCGGAAGAAGAAGAGAGACGAAGAAAGGAGGAAGCCGCGGCCGCGGCCGAGCAAGCUAGGUUAGAUGCGGAGCCUGUAGUUAGAAGGGAAGUUAGAUCGCUGUCGCGGCCCGAACAAUUACGCUUCGCGCGAGCCUUGUAUCGCAUGAUGCAGGCUCCCAAUGGACCUGGGACAUCAGAAUACGCUAGGAUAGCGGGCUACCACGGCUGGCCCGGCGACCUGGAGACGGGCGCGACGGGCCUCUGUGCUCAUAGGAGGGAGUCGUUCCCGGGCUGGCACCGCGCCUACCAGAUGGAGAUGGAAAACGCUUUGAGGGAGGCCGAUAAACAGUUAGGCAACGAUGGCCGGAUCGGCUUUCCCUACUGGGACUGCAUGUAUGCUCCUUCCUUGAAUGGCGAGGUCGUGCCGAAAGUCAUAAGGGACUACUUCUCGGAGAUGCCGCGCGAUCUCAUCGAUCCUUCAAACUCUUCCUCGGAGCAGUUCGAGGACCGGGGCUUCUCUAGGAUCAACGAUGACGAGGAGAUCCUAUCACUUUUACAGAGGUACAAUGUGCGAACGAACGCCGACAACGCUUUGACCACAUCGCAGCACGGCGCCGCGGCGUCGACGGCGACGGGUUCGAAUGACGACGUCGAGAGCCCGCACAACUACGUGCACGUCGCUUGUGGGUAUCUGUGUGGAAAUAAACAAGUGCGACGGGUGCACAAUUCUUCACUAAGUCAUUUCUCGGCGAUGGUGCGGCCGCGCUGGCUCGGUCGAGCGGUGAGGAAUCGGCAUCGCCACGCCAUCGAGCAGGCGUCGCGUCGAUGGCGUGGAGGACGACGCGACGAUUCAGCACGAACGCGCCGUAAAGUUUGAUUUCCACACAGGUGGCUACCCCAUGACCACCACAAGCUACGCGGCGUUCUACCCGGCCUUCUUCCUCCACCACUGCAACGUGGAUCGGUUAUAUGAGGCUUACUUGCAAGCCCACCCGGACUCGCAGUCGGAGUUCCAGAGGUACAAUUCUAGAGAAUACAACACGGAGCUGCGACCCUUCGUCAACAAAAAUACAGGAGAUAUAUAUAAACACGCGGAUUUGUUCGACGCGGCGCAUCUGGGCUACGCCUACGAUUCAUUGCCGAAGCAGCCGCGUUCGCGACUGCGCGAGGCGCCGGACUACGCGUUGUUCAGAGGACUGGAUUUAGGAUUGGAAGUGUUCAAGGACCAGGCCUACCUCAUUCACGUGUUUGUCGUGCCCAAAGACGCUGAAAAUUUUGAGGUGCCUCUCGUGCGUUGCCCCCGCGACGAGCACCAGUACUAUGGCGGCUCAUCAUCGAUCUUCGGGGGGCGAGGAGAUAAUGGGGGCUGCGAGAACUGCCGCUCGAAGACGCGCAUUGACAUCAUGGUCGACGUCACGCGACAGUUAAGGCACACGCUCCAUCUAGGGAGGAAGGACGUCGUGCUCAAAACACUAGUGAUUGAUGCGAACACUGAUGAGCUCAUAGAGUUAGAUGCCGAGUCGUCGCAGGACACGGGCAUUCCCCUCCCGGAACUCGUGGGGCCCUGGUGGCGCGACGCUUCACAAUUACAAGAAGGGGACAGCAGCGAUUGUACGAAAGCCGUCCAGGAAAAGUUGACCGUGUCUGGAUUCUACGACGGGGCGUUGGAUGGCGAGUUCGGCGAGAAGACCUUGGACGCUUUGAAAGCUUUCCAGGAGAUCAAUCGAUUGAAGUCAGAUGGCAUCGUGGGGCCGAAGACGAUCUCGGUCCUGAAAAAACCAAGACAUGAUGCCUCGAAGGACAUCGGCGCCGGUAUCAGUGUUUAUAUGAGCGACAGCGUAGUGACGUACACCGUCUCCGAUGCGACACCUGGUUAUUUAUCUAGGCAGGGCGUUUUGGAUGAAAUAGAUGAUGCGUUUGCCAUGUGGUCCGCGGCAUCUGGGGUGAAAUUUGAGAGGAUUGGAGGACCGGAAGAAGGCCCCGACGCCGACAUCACGGUCGACUGGUGCGGGCCGCGCGACGUGCGCUUCGACGGGCCGGGCGGCGCCCUCGCGAAGGCGGACGCCAAAAGUCUGACCUUCGACGCGCGCGAGGACUGGCUCCUACAAGGCAUGGCGCAGACGCCGGGCGCCUUCUACCUCCUGCCCGUGGCUUUACACGAGAUCGGCCACUGCCUGGGCCUCGCGCACGGUGCGCCGUCCCAGGUCAUGUCGCCCUACUACGUCGCGAACCGCGUCGCGCUGACGCCCGCCGACGUCGCGGCGGCGCGGGCGGCAACGACUCCUUCCUAAGAUCCUUCGUAAGGACAUUCAAAGAUUAUGUCUACUUAAUGACGAGCCUCGCCGUCGGCGCGCCGCAU